CAACAAUUUUCUAAGGUUAGAGCGCAUUUCGGGGCAUUUGUUGACAUUGAUUAGUUUAAGCCUUCCUUAGUUUUUAAUUAAUUGUUCCUAAUGAGCAGCGGUUCUGCACAGCCCCAAAUCAAAACAGAAGAUGAUCUGGCUGGCCGCAUUAUCGAGCUGGCGAAAUCGCGACCUGACGGAAUCCCCAACAAAGAGCUACAGGAAAGUGUGCCCGGUGUGCCCCUUUCUGAGCUAACCCAAACCAUCAAUGCUCUGCUGAAAAGCGGGACUUUUGAGCUAUUCGGCAACAAGGGCGAGUUGUUCUACAAAUUCAAAGAUCCCACCAAAAAAUCCGCGAAUAAAGGCUCGGACAAUGAGGAGAAAGUUGUCUACAAAAUCAUCGAAGAAGCGGGCAACAAAGGCAUUUGGAUAAGGGAUAUUAGGUUCAAAUCCAAUAUAAACAACACGCAAUUAAACAAGGUGCUGAAAAGCCUUGAAGCCAAGAAGAUAAUAAAGGCUGUGAAGUCGGUGGCAGCCAGCAAGAAAAAGGUCUACAUGCUGUUUGACCUGGACCCUGACAGCUCAGUAACAGGAGGCGCUUGGUAUCAGGAUCAGGAUUUCGAAAGCGAGUUUGUCGACGUUUUAAACCAGCAGUGCCACCGAUAUUUAGUGCAGCGACUAGAGGAUGCAGUCAAACAGGGUGGAGGCCCUUUGAUGGUCCGCAACCGCUCCUAUGCAGCUUCCUCAGAAGUCCAGAAGUUCAUCUCGGAUCUGGGCAUCAGCAAGGUCUCAUUAAGCAUAGCGGACAUUGAGAGCAUCCUCUAUACCGUAGUGUUAGACAACAACGCCGAAAGGGUGGCCGCAGCAAAUGGCACAUUCCUUUACAAGGCUGUUAAUAAAUUCCUAGCCGUUCCGGGCUUAGUGAAAACCACCUGUGGAGUUUGCUUGCUGGCGCAGCAAUGCGGGAAAACAGGUUCGAUUAAUCCUAGUAGUUGCGAGUAUCUUGCAAAUUGGCUCGAUGAAAUUUAGGGAGGAUUUCUUCAGCUAUUACACGCCAAUCGAUUGCAA